AUGAGAAGCCUUCCGGCGUCCGGCCAAGGUCCAGCAGCCGCCGGAGUUGAGUUUGCCCAACUCUUACCCAGGUCCAGAGAUCUUGAGAAUCGCAGCGCAACCUUUUCCCCCCGGUCUUCACCCAAAGCCAGCCAAGACACAAAAUCUGUUCCAAUGAACGCGGUUAGCGUCCAAGCAGCGUCCCAGAAGAAAGCGAUCUUUGGGAGUCUUGUUUCAGGCGUAAAGGUGGAGACGCGGGAAACAGGAACGUCUCAAUGCGUUCCCAGUCCCCCAGUUUUGCGCACCGGGAAAGUACUUGCUGCAAACUUGAACAAGGUUUUCUCUGUGUGGCCCGAGAUGCUGGAGGAGGGGGAGGUGGGUAACCCGAGCCGGAGCCGGGAUUCGAGCAGUUGCCGCUGCUGCAGCUGCUGCUGCCGGGGCAGUGGCCGCUGGGGUGUUGUCGCUUGGCGCCGCGCGCAGUCCCUAGCGCAACACGCAGGAUCUUCCCGGCCUGACCGCUGCACCUCGAUAGUGAGUCGCCCCUGCCUGAGCGGCUUCCUCCGCCUGAUACAUCGUGUUGGAGGUGGAGCCAAAGUCUUGUGA